UCCCCCUUUUGCUGCCUCUGCCUCUGUGACUCUCUGCCUCUCGGUCUUUCCCAUGGCCUGGAUGGUGUACAUCUCGCUGGAGAUUGCGAUCGCCGUGGCUUGUUGCCUGGGGAACGUGAUGGUGGUGUGGGCCGUCCAGAUGAGGCGGUCCCUGAGGCAGCCCACUUUCUGCUUCGUGGUGUCGCUGGCCGUGGCCGACUUCCUGGUGGGGGCCGUGGCGGUGCCUCUGGCCGUGCUGGUGGACGGCUGGGUGUGCACGUCCUUCCAUGUGUGCCUGGCGGUCAGCUGCGUGGUGCUGGUGCUCACCCAGGCCUCCGUGCUGUCGCUGCUGGCCAUCGCCGUGGACCGUUACCUGCGCGUCAGGAUCCCCCUCAGAUACAAACAAAUGGCCACUCAGCGUCGCUCCUGGGCAGCGGUGGCUCUGUGCUGGCUCUUCUCCUGUUUUCUCGGCUUCCCCCCGCUCUUUGGCUGGCACAACGGAAGCCCUGGCGGCGCGCCAUCCUCUGCCAACUCCACCGUCAUCGAGUGCACUUUCCUGGCCGUGAUCUCCCUGCCCUACAUGGUCUACUUUAACUACUUUGGCUGCAUCCUGCUGCCCCUGCUGGCCAUGACUGUGCUUUACGCCCUGGUGUUCCACAACCUGCGCGUGCGUCUGCGGAGGGUGCCUGCGUCCCCGUCCGCCGAGCCACAGGGCGGCUCCAGGGCCUUCUACGAGCGCGAGCGGAGGCUGGUCAGCUCGCUGGCGCUCGUGCUCGCGCUCUUCGCCGUGUGCUGGAUGCCGCUGCACGUCAUGAACUGUGUGCUGCUCUUCUCCCGAGGGGGAGGGCCCAACGACAGCGACAGCGACGGGGUGGUCUCCCAGGGCACCUUCUACGCCGGCAUCCUCCUGUCGCACGCCAACUCCGCCGUGAAUCCCGUGGUGUACGCGCUGCGCAUCCGCAAGAUCCGCGAGGCCUACGUCGAAAUCUGGAGACAGUGCUUUCUGUGCCGCCAUAAAAGGCAGAGGCGGAGGAACUCGGACGUCUGGCAGGGCGGCCUCCCAGGCAGUCAUGAGACCGGGAGCAGCCCUGUGUCGGCGUCAGCACAGGCUUCCAGACUGUGAGGUUUGUUUACAGGACAGAUCCGCGCUUUGAAAGACUUAUUUGAACAGACGGGAAAGAGCUGCUUGUGAUUUCCAUACAACAAUUAUAAGUUGAGUUAAGUUAUGCAAUUACAGUAGAGUGAGGGCAACAACAUGUUAUGAUAGAUCAAAUAAUACUGUAAAAGUGUGAAUUGCAUCCAACUUCAGCCUUUGGGGCCCGAGUGUGUCUUAGUAAAUAACAUUCCAGACAAACAAAUACAUCUGGAAAUAUGCUGUGGCCAUCCGCUCUCUCUUGCUGUCCUUGGUUAAUCACAUACAGUAGUACUGUAAAUUAGGCUCAAUGGAGGAAUCCUUCUAAUUUCAAAAGAGGUUGAGGGGGAAAAGGUGGUGCCCCCUCUGUACCACUGAAUCUGGACUCUGAGCUUACGGGGACUUGCUAUAAUAAAAAGCAAUGUGAGUCCUUUCCUCAUGGGGGUGCUCCACACAAAGAUAAUAGUUUUUUUUCUUGUGUACAGUAAAAGUGUGUGUGUCUUUUAGUAUUUGUGUGUGUGUGUGUGUGUGUGUGUGUGUGUGAGAGAGAGAGAGCAUACAGUAUACUGCAUCAUUUUACUACACUUGUAUUACAAAUGGCAAACAAUAGAGUCUCAUGAAAACAUUGUGUUUAUAUCAGAAAUCUUGUUUGUAGAUGCAAAUAAUCAUUCCUUCUGCGUUUUGUCAUCAUGAUGAGAUGACAUGCACGCUUGUUUGUUACACAGUAACACAGAUUAACACUCACUGGAUAUUUGUCAUGUUUAUAUGAUCUGAGAUUUCCUUGUUUUGAUUUAUCUUUCCUUUCUCCAUUACUUUAUUAAAACCCUUAACAUGAUGACGUAACAAAUUAAAGACAAAAAAGCGUUUGGUAAAAAGUGAAAUAUUUUAUUAACUAUAACUAACCCUCAUGAAACACCUCUCAGAAUUACAGAUUUCAAACUAUUGCAAUGAUGGAAACAGAAGAAACAUGCUUGUCUAUCUAUCUAACUAUUUGUCAUCCACUGUGUAUUCCGUGUAUAACUGUGUGACACUGUGUAUAACACUGUGUAUAACAGAUUACAUCACAUUUCUAAAGUGUUUCACAGCUUGGUAAACUGAAUACACAAACAAACAAUACAAAACCAAACUCUGUAAUGAAGGUAACAUAACAGUAUCAUGUUACCAUCAUAGGUAGUGUUACAUGGCAAAACAGCCAGUAUAUCACCACAGCAUUAAUCAUAACACCAUUAUAUCAUAACAAAUGAUCUGUCACAGAAACAUUUCAUU